UUCUAUACGUAUAUACACUGCAAAAGACGCUUGAUUUCUAUACCUGACCAACAUACAGUACCAAGUAUGCAGCUUGUUAUUGUUUCCGUGGUUUUAUUCUUGGCACUUGUGGCAUCAGUCCCCGUAGAUGAGACACGACUCGAUGUGAAGAGGGCCACGGACUGUGCAGCUCUGUCCUGUGCCAACGGGGAGAUGUGUAUUCAUCAGGUUGUGUACUGCAAGACAGACCCCUGUCCACCUCAGCCCGUCUGUGUGGCCAAAGACAGCAACGCCUGCAGAUACAAGCCGUGCCAGAACGGGGUCUGCUUCCCUGAGGCCACCUUCUUUGGUUACACCUGUGCUUGUCUUCCCGGCUAUGUUGGAAUAACUUGUGAUGUUCACGUGUAAACAAAUAAAAUACUUCACUCAACUA